UAAUUUUGCAUUCGAUGCGCCGGUCAGUGCCGUGUACGACGUCAUUUUUACUUGAAUUUAUUAGUAACACUUGGACGAACGCAUUAGCGGAUUUGUUGUUUUAUUUUAUUAGGAAAUUCUUCAGAAAUGUUCCACCCUGUAUAAAAUAGGUUGUUAUAUAAGCGAGGGCUAUAUGGACAGAAAGGCAUAGUAGUAUUUGCAGUUUUACAUAGUUGGUCGAUGCCUAAUAUAGUACAAUUUAAUUAAUCAUGAUUAAGCUUAUAGUCUUUUCUGUCCUCCUAACUUAUGCUUACGCUGCCAUUUCCUUCAGUCAUGGUGGACUCGGCGGUGGAUUAGGAGGAGGUGGACUUCAUCUUAAUUUAGGAGGUGGAUUAGGCCAUGGCGGUGGACUCCACCUUAAUCUAGGAGGACACGAUGAAGGUGGAUUAGGAGGUGGACUUGGCCAUCAUCACCAUCAUGUCUACAAAGACGUUGACUAUUACACUGUUCCCCAUUAUGAAUACAAAUACGCGGUCCAUGAUCCAAAACAUCAUGACAUCCAUGAGCAAAAAGAAGAACGCUAUGGAGACAAAGUGAAGGGAGAAUAUUCCCUACAUGAUCCUGAUGGUACCAUUAGAAUAGUCAAAUACGAAGCAGAUAAGCAUAAUGGAUUCAAUGCUCAUGUUGAAAGAAAAGGCCACGCUAUCCAUCCGCAACAUUACAAAACUUACCAUCAUGGGCAUCAUGAUUAAACCGAAUGUGUAUAUAUAGAUAAUUUGUUAUAAAUAUUUCAUCUUCUCCCCCAUAUGAAGUACAUAUAUUGUUAUUAUUUUAUUGUUUUAAAUAAAAGCACUACAUGAAAUAAUUCAAUUGCGUGUCGCCAAAGCGUCUCAAUAGACAUAAAAACGGUAGGAUGCAUUAUUAGGUGCCUCUUAAGUUGGAAGAUCAGAUCGAACUACAAAUAAGUAACCGUGUAUAACACACAUGUUCAAAUGUGGGAAGGUAGUUUAGAUCGAAUACGUUGAUAAACUUAAACCCAAC